AUGAGCAAGAAGAUGCUGAAGCGUAGCCUGGCGAAAGGAAAACUUUUGCAAAUAUGUGCAAUCGUCGAAAAAUCUAUCGACGAAGACAUCAAUACAGCAGAAGUACUUGAUGAGAAGACACGGACGGAAAUGUUUGAUGAGCAGUCGUGUUACGCUCUAAGGACAAACCUUUUGAAUGAAUCUGCCAAUGAAUAUGCUGAUACCUUUCCUUACAAGGUAUCGGGCGAAUUGCCAUCUGACAAAGGCAUUCGUCAUGAAAUUGACGUAGCUCCUGGUACAAAGUAUUGUAUCAAACGGCAGUGGCGUCGCCAAAAGAAAAAGUCUGUGUAA